CUCUCUUACUACAAGAACCCUUGGUUUGGUCUUGAACAUCAUUUUCAGUUGAGUUGAAUUUCAAAGCCGGAUAACGUCUAGCUCAGUUUAUGGAAUAAGCUAUUUUCACUUUAAAUGGACUUGAAUGGUGCAGAUCUCGGUUCCUUAUCGUUUACGUUCACUGCUCCUACGUCUUUGACUCUUCCUACUACAGUUUAUACUUUUAUAAUCUUUGUUGUUUUGUCUUUGUCUAUAGUUUCUCUUAAUGCUAGGGGGGUUACGAAACAGUGUGAAGCGCAAGGCCUUAUUUUUAUUUGCUAAACAAUUUCAAACAGAUUUGGCCCAUGGAUCUGAACGCUCCGCUGGUGUCACGACAAUGAACAAUAUCUUUGGUGGUAAUAUUCCACACUCGGAUGUGACAUCUUUGGUCACUUUAUUUGCCUUGUGAUCAGUUACAAUGACAUUAUUCCAGUAAAAUAAGAACUUACAUAUUUAGGCAUAACCAUUACAAAGGAUCAGAAGUCUAGAGGCUUACUACAUUUGAAUCCUCUUAUUAAAAAUACCAGGAAGAAGCUAAAUCAAUGGCUACAGAGGGACUUAUCUUUAAAAGGUAGAGUCCUAAUAACCAAGGCUGAAGGUAUCUCUAGACUAACAUACAGACUAUCUUUAGAUCUUGACAGUAAAAUUAGUAAGGAGAUAGACCAGAUGCUUUUCAACUCUCUGUGGAGAAACCGUACCCAUUACGUUAGGGUAAAACUGUUGUAAUGAACACUUAUGAGAAUGGUGGACUGAAUUUUCUGGACAUUACUACUUUAUUACACACAGAAAAAGAAACAGGCAAGGAGCAGGUCGGUGUCGAACCAUCGAACUUCUAGCCCGAAGUCCUGUGCCAUAAAAGCACAGUCAUAGCGCACUUAUAAACCCAGGGUCCGUUACACUAUGCAGCAUCAUCUAGAUAUGUGUGCAAAAAAAAAAAAGUUCAACAGUCACCAGUCAAGCCAUCUAAUGCCAGAUGUCCACCAGAUGCAUAGGAGUUUUGUUUUACCGGAUGUCUAGUCCGCAUUUCUGUACAUGGCACACGUGCUUCGCUUUCCAACUAGCUCAAAGCUAGCUAGUUGCAGUGUGCGCACUUCUGCGUGUACCACCGCAUGGUAAAGCAACCGAAGGGUUGAACAUAUUGAACACGUGCAAGGCACAGAACUGCUCCAUUGUCAAUGAAUGACUUCCACCUGAAAGCGAAGAGUUCGAUGCAUCUGGUUGACGUGAGGCAUUCGUAUACACUUUGAUGGAUAAAUUGGAUUUAUUCAACAUGUGCACCACACAGAACCCACUGCAUCUGCAUCUGCCAAUGCUGAAAGGCAAACGCAGCGUGAAUGUAUUUCUGGUCUACCAAAACGCAAGGAUGAUGUAGGUUUGAUCGAGGCUGGCUGAAUGCACAACGCAACAUUAGGAAGUAGCAUUAGCCAGUAGAAUGGUUAAAAACACAUUUAAUAAAGAAAGUAUGCAUAUUUUACACGCCCCCCCCCCCCUGCCUUCUCGCCAUUAAAUAUUGUUAAGGGGAACAUUACGCAUUUGUAGCGUGAAUGGAUAAUGUUUUAGGUGUGAACCGGUUCACGGGGAUACAAGUGUAUUGCCCGCUGCGUACAAUGCAAUUGGACGGUACAAUGAAACUAUCAAUACCAAAUAUCGCCAUCUGCAGGCCGUUGGGCUACCCCCUAUCCACAGUCACACACACACACACAGCGGCGGGGCGGGCAACAUGGCGGCCUCUAUCUCCCCGCUACGCUCCUCCUACAGGAUUUGUAACAGUCUGUCCUUCCACCACUACCGAGCCAAACUACGGAUGCACAGAAAGUGCGAGAGCCAGAGAAGACAUCUCCAUGCGUCAGUCACCAGGAAUGCUGCAGUGGUGGUGUCAGGGACAGAGAUGGCACGUCAGAUUCACAGAGAGAUUCAGAGGGAGGUGGAGGAGCUGGUCACCGGCGGCAACAUGAGACCCCACCUGGGUGUGGUGUUGGUUGGGGACGACCCGGCUAGUCGCACCUACGUCAGGAACAAGACCAGAGCUGCUAGUAUACUGGGUAUCUCUAGUGACACUGUGGUGAAACCUACCUCUGUCUCUCAGGAUGAACUACUGGAGCUGAUAGACAAGAUGAACAGAGACUGGAAGGUCUCAGGUCUGCUGGUACAACUACCUCUACCAGGGCACAUCAAGGAGCGUGCUGUGUGUAACGCCAUAGCUCCAGAGAAGGACGUGGAUGGAUUCCACAUCGUCAACAUAGGGAAGCUGUGUCUGGGCCAGACGUCUAUGGUGCCUGCUACACCUGCUGCUGUGUGGGAGAUUAUCAGGAGAACAGGUAUCGAGACAGUGGGGAAGAACGUGCUGGUGGCCGGACGCUCUAAGAAUGUAGGCUUGCCAAUCGCUAUGUUGCUUCACACAGACCGCAACCACCAACGCCCUGGAGGUGAUGCCACGGUAACCAUCGCCCACAGGUGCACCCCCAGAGAGCAGCUGAAGGAACUGACCCGUCUGGCCGACAUCGUCAUCGCAGCUGCAGGUGUGCCUGGGCUGAUCACAGUAGACAUGGUGAAGGAGGGGGCAGCGGUUAUCGAUGUGGGUAUUAACCGUGUCCAGGACCGGACCACAGGGAAACUACGGCUGGUGGGCGACGUGGACUUCGAAGGGGUGAAGGAGAAGGCGGGGUUUAUCACGCCAGUUCCUGGAGGGGUGGGGCCUAUGACGGUCGCAAUGCUGAUGAAGAACACUGUUGCUGCUGCCAGAUACGCACUGACGCACUGACGCACUGACGCACUGACGCACACACACACACACACACACACACACACACACACACACACACACACACACACACACACACACACACACACACACACACACACACACACACACACACACACACACAGA